GACAAGUGACAUUGUUUUGGCGCCAAGUUGUGUUUUAUUUAGUUAUACAUUUUAAUUUUUAAUGAAAGUGAAAUAAUCUUUCACACAUUGAAAGCACUAAAGGAUUUUGACUAAAAUAUAAUAUGAGGUGCACCAUUCCAGAAAUAUCUUGGCACAAUAGGGAACCAGUUCUUAGUGUAGAUAUUCAUCCUUUGUCAAAUGACUUUUACAGGUUAGCCUCAGGUGGUGGAGACAGUCAUAUAUUGAUAUGGCAAAUGACUUUAUGUGAAAAUGGAUCAGUUAAACAAGAAGUUAUAUCAGAUUUAACCAGACAUCAAAAGGCAGUCAACACAGUUCGAUGGUCUUCAUCUGGGCAUUAUUUAGCCUCUGCUGAUGACGAUGCUAACAUCAUAGUAUGGCAGUUGAAGAGUGACAAUAUACCGAUGCUCGAAGGAGAAACAGAUGAUAAAGAAAUUUGGGUUGUUUACAAGGUAUUGAGGGGUCAUAAAGAAGAUAUUUAUGAUUUAUGUUGGUCAGUCGAUGAUUCAAAGUUGUUUUCUGGAUCCAUAGAUAACACUGCAAUAUUGUGGGACCUCUCAAAGGGCAAGAUGGAUCAUAUUUUGUCUGAUCACAAAGGAUUUGUUCAGGGUGUUGCUUGGGAUCCAAAAAACCAGUUUUUGGCAACAAUAAGCACUGAUCGAAUUUGUCGAUUCUUCGAUAUCACUGGUAAACAUGUCAAAGCUAGGAUACACAAGGGAAAACUGCCGGUGUCUCAAGAUCACUUUCUUUAUGAGAAAGAAAGUAAAUACUUUCAUGAUGACACAUUCAAAUCAUUUUUUCGAAGACUACAGUUCACUCCUGAUGGUUCAAUGCUCAUUGUUCCCUCUGGUCAUAUGCAAGCUGAUGACUGCAAAAAAAUCUUGAACGCUACCUUGGUAUUCACAAUGGAUAACUGGAAUGAACCAGCGGCAGUCCUACCACUUCCCAAACAAUGCAGUACCGUAGUAAGAUGCUGCCCUAUUUUAUUUCAACACCACGAGGACGGUCCAGAUCCCUUAGUGAAGACGCCAUAUCGCAUGAUUUUUGCAGUAGGUGCAGAUCAUGAUGUAAUUCUUUAUGAUACUCAGCAGACUGUACCUUUUGCAUGGUUUCAUCAAAUCCAUUACACAAGACUCACUGAUUUAACAUGGUCCAAAGAUGGGCUACUCUUAAUUGCAUCUUCCACUGAUGGGUUUUGUGCUCUUAUAACGUUUGAACCUGGAGAAUUGGGUGAACCUUAUGUUAAAGAUGAGAGUGAUAUUGAGGAAAAUCCAAUGGAUGUAAGUGGUUGCUUAGACUUAAUGAGCAAAGACGAGAAUGUCGACAUUAACAAUAAACUCGAAAAAGAAGUUGAGUUGAAAAAGAAGACAAGUUUUAUAGCAAAGUGGGUGCAGAACACCCCUCAAAAACAGAAACCAGUGCCGGAUAAAACAGUACCGAGAGCCAAAAUUAGUGACGUUCAAGAUAUAAUAGAGAUUUCUGAUGAUGAAAAUGCUCCUAAGGUACUGAAAAAAGAGCUCAGAGUAGAAAUUAACAGGCUGUUUCCUAGAAGGAUAACUCCAACGACCAUUAUCAAAUCUGAUGAUCAAAAAUUGAUUGCUAAGCCAAUUGAAGUUAGACGUAAACCUAGAGAUGUAGAUGCUAAACCAAUUGAGAUUAGGCGCAAACCUAGAGAUACAGAAAUUAAACCAGUUGGGAUGAUGCCAAAACCUACAAAUGUAGAAGCUAAGCCUAUAGCUGUAAGAAGAAAACCUAGAGAGCCAGAAGCUUCACACAAUAAUGUUAAAGAAUUUGAGAAAGAUUGUUCCACACCAGAUUCUAUUAGCGGUUAUAGUACUGAAAAUAAAGAAAUGUGCAGUGCAAAUGAAGGUCUGACUGAAACUGAUAAAUCGAAAAUAUUAGAAUCUGAAUCAAGUGUUUGUGAAAAAGGAGUUACUGAAAAUGUUCAAAACAAAGAUUUGAACAGUGAUACACACAAAAUUGUUAUAAUUAGUGAAAAUUUAAGUGAAGGCCAAGAAUGCAAAAGCAAGGUAACAAAACCUUCAAGAAAAGUUGUUAAAGAUCUUACUAAACAGUGGGGCACAUCCUCUGAAGAAAAACAUACUCCCAAUAAAGACAGUCAGAUCCAUAAAGAACAUAAGAGCAUGACGUCAUCAUCUAAAAAACCAUCAACAGGUAAAAGGAAGAAGGAGGACCCACCACGAGUCAAAAUGAAUUCACUCGUUAGGAAAAAGCUGAAUACAGGUACUCCACCUAAAAAUAAUUCACUACUCAAUUUUUUGAAAAGUUCUGCCGGAAAGAAGAAAGGUGUUGAAUCCGAAGCUUCAGCUAUCAUUGAAAUUGAUCUGGGAGCUGAGGAAGCAAGAGAUGCUUGGGGUAAGGAGAGUAAAACAAAUCCUGCCAGUAGUAAUCUAGAAGCCUUAGGUACAGAAGAGGACUGUACUGAAGAUUUCAGUCUGCAGUUGGAAGAUAGUCAGGACAAUAACGAAAAAAGUGUCAAAGAAAAGGAAGACACAUUCUGUGAAACCAUGGAAGUCGAUCAACAACAUACAGUUUCAGAAGUAAGUGAUAGUGAAAAGAAAACUAAGAACUUCGAUUCUGUUGUGACAGACACUUCUGAUGACAGCAAUGAUUCUGUGAUUCACAAAAAGUUGGAAGGUAACUUAACCAAUAAAGUACCUCGUAGAGUGCCUUUAAUUACUUUGUCAAGCCCUAAAGACAAGAAAAAACAAAACAGGACGGAACAGUCUUGAGGGCAACCAUUUUUUGUUUUCCAUUGUAAAUUCUAUUUAUUUCUCAAUUGAUUAUUGCUGUUGUUUUAGGAAUAUUUAUACUUAUUUAAAUAUUAG